GAGUUGAGACUGUCUAGGGUGGCGUAGUCGCGUAGUGCUGGUACUUACUACAGUUAUUUAUUACUGUAGCAAGUAGUGACUAAGCAUAUUUUUAAAAUUUUUAGUAAAUUUGUGUUACUGGAAAUUAGAAUCAAUCCCAUUUUAUAUUUCUUUUAAAAAGUUUAUUCCGUCUACCUUCUAUUGAUAAUGUCGAAAGUGUCUUUUUCGACGUUGGCGUAUUGUAAAAUGGUUGCCCAUGCUGCCAAAUAUCCUCACUGUGAAGUAAACGGAUUACUGGUCGCCGAGAACUCUACUAAGGGCGAUAAGUUGGUUAUAGUGGACACUGUUCCAUUGUUCCAUCAGUGUCUCCAUGUGUCACCGAUGUCAGAGAUCGCCUUGAUGCAAAUUGAUCAAUCGGCCAGUACAUGUGAUAUGUACAUUGCUGGUUAUUAUCUAGCCAAUGAAACGUUGGAUGACUUAAGUUACGAUAAACCAGCCCAUAAGAUUAUGGAUAAGAUUGUUGAACAUGAGACAAAUGUCUGUAUGGUUGUGAUCAAUAAUCGAUUAAUGGAGUUAAAUCAAAAAGAAAGUGCAUUAUUAGUGCACACACAAGAUGAUGGGAAAUGGAAACGUCUGAAUAACUCUAACGUACAAAUAGAAAAUGUAACAUUGGCUGCUGCAUCAGCUGUAUUACAACAACAGUUGUACAAUAAUUUGGUUGAUUUUGACAAUCAUUUGGACAAUUUGUCUUUAGACUGGCUCAAUACAGAAUUUUCCAACUGUGUGGAAAGAACAUCUGGGCAUGACAUGGGAAGAAGACUGAUGAUUAAUAAAUCAGUUUCUUGACAAUUGGAAUGGGAUGAGGGAAUGAAACAAAUUAAAUUUUGAUACAUUAAUUUUAGAUGAGUAUUAAGAAUUGUUUUUUUAGUUCAAUUAUCAAGUAUCAAUGAUUAUUUUGUUUUCUUAUUAUUAUUUAUUAUUUCAAAUAGAAAUGAUGUAAGCCAAACUGUUUUAAAUCUAUCUAGUUUAUAGUUAUAGAAAAACAGUACAUUAAUAGUUUAAUUAUUACCAAAAAUAAAUUAUUCCACAUCAUCUUUGGAA